CCACAAAUCUGAGCUUUAUCUGUUCCUGAUCCAAUACGAUUUGAAUAAUGAAAUACUCGGGAACACUUACAUUUGUGUAUCCUGCAUCAUAAAAAAAUCUUAUAAGAGCAUGUUGAAACUUCAAAACAUGAUUUUCAUUGGAGUGGGUCUUUAAAGAACUUUGUCAAUAAUGAUUCUAAAAUUGGGGGUAAAGUGCACCCCCCACACACCUCCCUCAGCCCUGCCCGUGGUUUAAGACCACAUCAGCCCCUCCUGGUUCCAUUAAAAUGCUGAUUUAUCACAAACCGGUAGUCAUAGUUCAGGUAUUUUGUCCCACCCUUCUCCACAUGGAGGUCUUUAGUCAUAUUUGCUCAGUUGCUUAACCUCAGGAGUGUCAGGGUGCAGCAGAAAAUUACAGACACAAACUUGUAGAAGAGUAAAUGCAGGAAAAUGUAGCAAUAUUUCAAAAAUCUAAUUUACAUGAUAUACUUUAGAAAAAAAAAAUCUGAAAAAAAUCUUAUAGUUUUUAGUUCCUAAUUUGUGUUGUUGAUGGAAUAAGUGUGUAAUCUGAGUUUUGCCAUGCGUGAGAAACCUCCUGAUAACCCCGGAUUCAGUCAGCAGUGAGUCCACCCACUGAGCUUUCUGAUAGAGGGAUGGCGCUGUAAUCCCGCCGUCAGACACCGCUGGAGCUGCUGUUGUUGGCUGCUGGGUAUGACGCGGAGCUGCAUGCAGUCUGCGCUCCCAUCACGGUCUGGCUCUGACUCGACAGCAGCUGCGCUCCAUCCUCUCAUCUUCUUGUACCACUAAUGCUCUGAUACCGGAGCCAUGCGCCGCCGGAACAUCCCCUAAAGGGCGUGGCGUCUCAUCAAACGUGUCACUGAAAGGUGGCGAGUAAUAAAUAGGAUUCUUACUUUUAUUGCGUUUUGAUUUUCCGUCAGACAGCUCUCCAUGUAUUCAGUGAGCUCCAGUUCGGGGAACCCUUCCCUCCACUGCUCCAUGUCUUCCUCGGCGGAUGUCUCGGAUGACGAUGACUGCAGCUUUAAAUCCGGAUCGGCAUCACCGGCACCCGGUGACACUUUACCCUGGAACCUGCCCAGACACGAGCGGUCCAAAAGGAAGAUCCAGGGCAGAUCGGUGCUGGAUCCGGCAGAGAGAGCCGUGCUCCGGAUCGCAGAUGAAAGAGACAGAGUGCAGAAGAAGACUUUUACAAAAUGGAUAAACCAGCAUCUAUUAAAGGUCCGAAAGCAUAUUAAUGACCUGUACGAAGACUUACGGGAUGGACAUAACCUGAUCUCACUGUUGGAGGUUUUGUCUGGAGAUACACUGCCAAGGGAGCGUGAUUUUCUGAAGACUUUGCGGUUGGUGAGUGGGACAGAAGCAUGUGCAGUUGAGCAGCAUGGAGACACAGUGGAUGAUGAUGAUAAGGGGCCUCGGGAAAGAGGAAGGAUGCGUUUCCACAGACUCCAAAAUGUACAAAUAGCCCUGGAUUAUUUAAAGAGGCGGCAGGUAAAACUUGUAAAUAUCAGGAAUGACGACAUCACAGAUGGAAACCCAAAACUGACGCUGGGGUUGAUCUGGACCAUCAUUUUGCACUUUCAGAUCUCAGAAAUCCAUGUGACAGGGGAGUCUGAGGACAUGACAGCCAAGGAGAGACUGCUGCUCUGGUCCAAGCAGAUAACAGAUGGCUAUGUGGGCGUACGGUGUGAAAACUUUACAACUUCCUGGAGAGAUGGAAGGCUGUUUAAUGCUAUCAUCCAUAAGUACAGACCAGAUUUGGUUGACAUGAGUCAGGUGUCUACACAAACCAAUCGCUCGAACUUGGAGCAAGCGUUUUCUGUAGCUGAGCAGUUGGGAGUGGCCAGAUUGCUGGAUCCUGAGGAUAUGGAUGUUCAGUCUCCAGACGAAAAAUCUGUCAUCACGUACGUCUCAACGCUAUACGACGCCUUCCCCAAAGUACCUGACGGUGUUGAUGGAGUGAGUCCUAAUGAUGUUGAUAUCAAAUGGGUAGAAUACCAGAACAUGAUUAAAUACCUCAGUCAGUGGAUCAAACACAACGUGGCUGUAAUGUCAAACAGAUCCUUCCCCAACAACCCUGCAGAACUAAAGGCACUUUAUACACAGUAUGUUCAGUUUAAAGAACAUGAAAUUCCACAAAAAGAAAACGAGAAAACAAAAAUCCAGAAUCUCUACAAGAUGCUGGAGAUGUGGAUCGAGUUUGGACGGAUUCAGCUGCCCCCGGGUCAUCAUCCAAAUGAUGUGGAGAAGGAAUGGGGUAAAUUGAUCGUUGCCAUGCUUGAAAGGGAGAAGAGCCUGCGGCCAGAGAUGGAAAGACUUGAAAUGUUGCAGCAGAUCGCCAACAGAGUCCAGCGGGACUGUGUUAAUGGUGAGGACAAGCUGGCACUGGCGAGAACAGCCCUGCAGUCUGAUGCAAAACGCCUUGAAUCUGGAAUUCAGUUCAUGCAUGAGGCUGAGAUCGCCAGCUAUCUAGUAGAGUGUGAAAACAUCCUCAGACAGCAAGUAGUGGACAUCCAAAUUCUUCUGGAUGGAAAGUUUCCAUUUGCAGAUCAGCUUGUUCAAAGGGUGUCAAAGCUCCGGGAUGAUCUUCUGACUCUAAGAGCUGAGUGCUCCUCUGUGUACAGCCAAAGUCGCACCCUGUCUACAGAGCAAACCAAAAUGAUGAUCUCCGGCAUCACGCAGAGCCUGAACUCCGGCUUCUCCCAGAGCAUCAACUCAAGCCUAACCUCCAGCAUUGGUCACACCCCAGGUGGCUUAAGUACACCCGGGUCCACGUUUACCUCAAGCCUUACACCUUGUCUGACCCCGUCCCUGACGCCCGGCCUUCAGCCCUCUUCGGUCCAGAGCUACAUGGGGAGUGGGGGGGGCAUGGAGCCAGGCAGCCUGAUGCAUUUGAAACACAUGCAGAUCCGUAAGCCUUUACUGAAGUCCUUACUGGCAGACCCCAACAUGACAGAGGAGGAAGUCAACAUGAAAUAUGUGCAGGACCUCCUGAACUGGGUGGAGGAGAUGCAGCUCCAGCUCGAGAGGUCAGAGUGGGGCUCUGAUUUACCAACCGUGGAGAUGCAUUUGGAGAACCACAAGGGCGUGCACAGAGCCAUUGAAGAAUUUCAGAUGAGUCUUAAAGAUGCCAAGCUGAGUGAGAUUCAGAUGACAUUACCCCUAAAACUGACUUACUCUGACAAACUCAACAAACUGGAGAGGCAGUAUGAAAGGCUGCUGAGUUACUCACGGGAAAGACAAAACAACCUGGAGAACCUGCACGACUUUGUAUCACAAGCAACUCAAGAACUGAUCUGGUUGAAUGAGAAGGAGGAAGAGGAGGUGGCCUUUGACUGGAGCGAUCGCAACAGCAGCAUCUCCAAAAAGAGAGACUAUCACGCUGAUCUGAUGAGGGAGUUGGAUGAAAAAGAGGAGGCCAUCAAGUCUGUGCAGGACAAGGCUGAGCGCCUCAUGUUCAAGAAUCACCCUGCCAGGCUGACGAUUGAAGCAUACAAAGCAGCGCUGCAGACUCAGUGGAGUUGGAUCUUACAGCUCUGCUCAUGUGUGGAGCAGCACCUUAAAGAGAACGCUGUUUAUUUUGAGUUUUUCAGCGACGCCAAGGAGUCUAUGGACUAUCUUAAAAAUCUGCAAGACUCCAUUCAGAGAAAAUACAGCUGCGAUCGAUCUAGCAGUCUCCACAGACUGGAGGAUCUCAUUCAGGAGUCCAUGGAUGAAAAAGAACAGCUUCUGCAGUACCGCAGCACUGUUGCCGGGUUGGUGGGAAGAGCUAAGAACAUUGUGCAGCUCCGGCCCAGGAACCCAGAAAGUCCUCUCAGAUGCUCCAUUCCUGUCAAAGCGAUUUGCGACUACCGUCAGAUAGAGAUUACCAUCUACAAAGAUGAUGAGUGUGUUUUGGCCAAUAACACUCAUCGGGCCAAGUGGAAAGUCAUCAACCCAGCUGGGAACGAGGCAAUGGUUCCCUCCGUUUGCUUUACUGUGCCACCACCUAACAAAGAGGCUAUUGAAGUGGCAACAAAAACCGAGCAGCUGUAUCAGAACGUCUUGGCUUUGUGGCACCGCUCCCACAUCAACAUGAAGAGUGUGGUGUCUUGGCACUAUCUGAUGGGAGACAUACGUGCAAUCCGCAACUGGAAUGUGGCCUCGAUAAAGACAAUGUUGCCGGGUGAGCACCAGCAGGUCCUGAGCAGCCUGCAGUCUCACUUUGAUGAGUUCCUGGAGGACAGUGAGGAGUCAGAGGUGUUCACUGUGGCUGAUUGUGCACAGCUUGAAAGAGAUGUGGCGGGCUGCAAGGAGUACUACCAGGAACUUCUAAGAUCUGCAGAAAGAGAGGAACACGAAGAGUCUGUCUACAAUCGUUACAUCUCAGAAAUCCGGAACUUCCGUAUGCAUCUGGAGGCUCAUGAAGAACACCUUAUCAGACAAAUCCGCUCACCACUGGAGAGGGACGACUUGGAGCAGAGUCUGCAGCGCAUCACAGAGCAUGAGAGAAAGGUGGCUGAACUGGAGAGGCUGAAAGAGGAUCUGGAUGUCCUGAAGGGGAAGUGUGACCUUUUCCUCAGGCAGGCUGCAGGUUCUCCAUCUGUGUCAAUGCUUUCAUCCGAACUCGCUACCAUUGUUCAGCACAUGGGCCAAGUGUCCUCCAUGUCUUCCAUUUAUAUGGACAAACUGAAAACCGUGAGUUUAGUGGUGAAGCACAGCCAGAACGCAGAGGGUCACGUUAAGACCUACGAGUCUAAACUCUACGAGGAGGACGCCAUGAACUCUGACAUCAGAUCCAUUGAAAGCGUCAUUUCUACAUUGAAGCAAUGGCGUGCAGAGAUUGACGAGAGGCAGGAAGUGUUCCACGACAUGGAGGACGAGCUGCAGAAAGCUCGCGUCAUCAGUGAUCGCAUGUUUAAGACCCAUAACGAACGCGACUUUGACCUCGAUUGGCACAAGGAGAAGGCUGAUCAGUUGAGCGAGAGAUGGCAGAGCAUUCACUCUCAGAUUGAUGGCAGGCUUCGGGAUCUGGAUGGUAUUAGCAAAUUACUGAAGCACUACAGGGAGUCAUACAGCAGCGUUGAUGAAUGGAUCAUAGAACUGGAAACAGCCCAGCUGAAGGCUCAAGAAAACAAACCAGAUGACAGCAAGGCUCUGGCUGAGCUGCUGAACAAGCAAAAGGUCCUUGUUUCUGAAAUUGAACAAAAGCAGAGCAGGAUCGACAUGUGUCAGAAGUACUCAGAGCAGUAUUCAUCUGCUAUUAAGGAUUACGAACUUCAGCUCAUGACAUUCAGAGCAAUGGUGGACUCCCAACACAAAUCUCCCCUGAAGAAACGCAGGAUGCAGAGUUCCUCUGACGCCAUCCAGCAGGAGUUUAUGGAUCUGCGGACCCGCUACACCGCUCUUGUGACUCUCAUCACACAGUAUGUGAAGUUUGCAAGCGAAACACUAAAAAGAGCCGAAGAUGAAGAGAGAUCUGUUGAUGAGGAGAAGAGAGAGCAUGGUGAUAAGGUUAGCAAGCUGUUGCACUGGAUGUCCGAUGUGAAACGGACCGUGAGCAAUGAUGCAAAAGCCCUGAAAGAUACUAAUGCCAACACAGAUGCUUCAAAUAAACCCAAGGUGUCCGCUGAGGAAAUGGUUGCCAAAAAAGAGCAAGUUGCAGAAGCGCUCAAGAGCACGCAAAUGUUGCUCGACAAGCACGGUGAAAAGAUGACAGAAGAAGACAGAAAGAAGACAGAGGAGCAACUGGCGGCUCUGAGUGAGGCUUACAGCGAACUCUGCCAGCAGUGCUCGGAUCAGACAAACUCUGCAGAUGAGAAUUUCAAAAUGACCCAUUGUUUGAUGGAUGAAGUAACUUGGGUCACUUUUCCAGAGUCCCAAGUAACCCCCAACCCCUCCCUGUAUGAGACAAGUGUGGACCAUGAAAAAACUAUCCCAUACAAGUCUGCACCAAAGCACCCAUCACAGUACGAAGCAGACAAAUGCAUACAAAGUUUGCACAUUUCCUCUGUGUCCCUGUCUGACGUGGCAGCAGCAAGGGGAGGGUCAGAAUAUGAAGAACUGGUCAUUAAAAUAAUAGAGAUCAGUGAGGAGGAAGAUGGAGUGGAUGUGUGGUACACAGGAGACACACUGACUCUGGACAAAGCUUUUGAGUGGAGUCUCAUUCCUGCUUCCCUGUAUGCUGAAAUUCUUCAGAGACAGAAAUCCACUCAGGAUUUUGAUGAAAACCUUUCUCUUAUUGAGGAUGAGGAGCUGUUGGAAUCUUGUGAGGUGAACAGAAUGAUCCUAAACUGCCUCAACAGGCCUAAAUCCAAUGAACCAGAGAGAAAUAUAAAGAUUUUAAGGUCUUUAAAUGGUGACUUAAAGGAUCAAAAGAUCACAUCAAGGGAAGAUGUUACAGAAAAAGAUAGAAAUCUAGUAUCACAAAACUCUCAUGAAGGUGUUGAUUUGAGGGUGGAUGCAGCCGUUCAGUGUGAUUUGAUGAGUUGCAGCAGCUGCCUCACUGUGUUGGGACACCAGCAGCAGUUUUUAGGGCUGGUUUUGCCAAAGUCUGAGCAAACCAUGACAGCUUCACUCCAUCAACAGAUCGAUCAUCAAAUCAACGUGAUCAGCAGCAGACUGUUGAGUAGUCCAAGAAAAAUUGCAGCAUUUUAUAUUCCAGAGUGUUCAGAGGUGAUGGAUUUCACUACUGCUGUUCAAUAUGGUUUCGUCGACGCUCGCACAGCAGAUGUGCUGAAGUCUGUUGAGAUUCCUGAUGAGUUUCCUGAUUUUAAUGAUCUUUGUGAAAAGUUUUCAUCUUGGCUUAUAUAUAAAAGAGUAUCAGUUGAGGGAUGGCAGCGCAGUUCGGUGGGUGCAGAGGGGGGCAGACCAACUCCCACAGAAGCAGAACAGUUGUUCAUCUCACACCUGAUGAUCAAUAGUUACAUUGAUCUAAAGUCAGCUCAGAGGGUGCUAAUCCUCGACAGUCAUUUAACACAAGUGACUCAGGCUUUUCUUGAAGACUUUAAGCUCAGGGAUCCUUCAAAGCCCACUGAUGUGAAGAUGCGUUCACAUAUCAACAGAGAAACAGAGAAACUGGUGGAAAACACUAUCGAUGCAGAUGAUGUUUUUAGGGACAUAACAUUUAAUGAAAGGUCACAGCUUUUAUUUGAACCUCACAGUUGUUCCUCUCUAAGCAAUAAAACCAAAAUGUUUGAAGCAAAGCCUCUCACAACUGAAAUACUGGAUAAUGGAGACCGUCCAGAUACAAUCGAGCCCACUGAGCAAGAUGAAGGCCAAUCUGAAAGCAGUACAAACUGGAAUGGCUUAAAUUAUUUUGGACAGAAAAACUACAAAGAUGAAUUCAAAUUUGAAAACCUUGAAGCCCAAUCAUCUCCAGAAACAUCAGGCUCAUCCAAAUUCUGCACAAAGUCACAAUUGGACGUGAUUGACUCUGAGUCGUCAUUUACGUCAUGCCUUCAGAAGCCGUACUUCAGGAAAUCAGUAAGUGCAGAUGACAGUCAGGCUGAGUUUUUGUCCUUUGAUGACCUAAUGGAGGAAGAAAGCCAAUCUGAUCACCCUGUUUCAUCUAUGUAUGCUCAAAUGGUAGCAGGGUGUGCUGCAGACAAUGAUCCUGAGGGAUAUUGUGACUUUACAGAAGCUUUUAUUUGGAGAGCAGCAGAUGAAAAAUCUGUCCUGGAGCUGAAUGACCCACAGUCUGAUGAAGAAAUGUGCAUCUUAGAGGCUGAGGAGGGGGCAGCAGGUGUUCUGAAACAGUCAAACCUGUAUCAAACACAACAGAACUUAUCGGAGUCUCCAUCAUCAUCUGAAAACAAACACAUUGAUCCUCAAAGCAGCUUUUAUCCCAAUGGAAAUAACAUUUUAUUUACUUCUGAGGAUGACAGCUUAUGCUUAUCGGAUAAGAAUACAGUUGAAAAUGUGCUGCAUCCCUCUGAGAGGAAGGUUCCUGUCGUGUUCCUUGAUUUACCCAAAGAGGACUCUGACAGUGCAGAAAUAGAAAAACAAAGAAAGUCAAAAAUGAGACCAGACUGUGAGGAUCACUCUCAUCAGCAUGAGAUGAACUCACCGUCCUCUUGGAGUGAGACACCAGCAGACAAUAGUCCUCAGGCUGUGAAUGGUACCUCAAAGCUUGUAAUCAGUGAGCACCUGACAGGUGGAGCUAGUGUCAGCAGAAGUUUGGUAGAUGAUUCUGCUCCGACAGAGACAGUAUUAACCCCCUAUGUCUGCACUGACACACAGAGUCAACACAUUACUUCUGCUUUCAACGUAUGUGAGUCAAGCUGCCCUCUCACGGAUGAUGUUUUCACUGCUGUUUGUGUGGUCCCAUCAUCACAAAAGGAUAAAAACAGAAUAGGAACUGACAGAGUUACUACUCGCUCAUGUUUGGAUGAAGAUCCAGUUAGGAGUGCAGAUUGCUCAUCCUCCAGGGAUUUAGAUGCAGGUGGGGUCAUGUUUGCAUUAGAGGGUGGUGGUAACUAUGAUAUAAACUGUACAGAAAAUAGCAGCAGAAUUGCCUCACCCCAGCAACCGGGGCCUCUUUUGAUAGCCGACUGCAUCGUUGAAUCAAAGCGUGACUGUUUUCAGAAUGCUCAGAGUGAAGUUUUAACUCCUUCACAGAAUCUCCCUUCAUCUCAAUCACCAUCUGUUCCAUUCAGUAACCUGAAAGCAGAAGACACCAGUCACACAAGAUGUGAUAUGAAGGAUUUAAUUCUGACUGAUGAAGAGUUUGUGGGUUCAAAUAGUGAAACAAAUAAUUUCACAUUUCAGAAUGAGAGUCUUUACCCAUCAGAACAGCAUGGUGACAGUUGUGAGGCUUCUAGUGAUUCUGGGAAGAACUUUGCAUCAUGGCAGGAGAUAACCAAUGAUGAUAGAAAUGCACUGUGCUCUAAUCCACCCUCUGCAACACCAGACACUCCCUUUAGACAUUCAGAAAUAGAAGAGAAUGUAAGGUCUGUCUGUCAAUCAGAAUUUAAAAUAAUAAAUGAAAGCAUUUCAGACCAUUCUCAGGGAGCAGCUGAUGUCCUUUCAGAAAGCUGCAAUACAUUUACCAGUACCUCCAUAGAAUCGCAUAAUUCUUCACAGACAGCUGUAGAUGAUUGUGAGGAAAAGCUACUCAAAGACAGUGUUUUGCAAAAGGACAGAGAUGAUCUAGAGUGUCUAGAUUCUCAGGAGAGUAAUGGACCUGGCGGUGUUGUGGACAGCAGUUCCAUGUGUAUUUCCUCGGAAAUCCAGAGGCAGAACACCUUCAGUUCAAACAGCCAAGACAAAGAAAACUCACAAUCCGUGUGUCAGGAAGAAACUAUAACAGAAGAUUUGGAUGCUCCAAAUAUCCAGCAGCAGUUCCUGCAGCUUUUCCAGAGUGUUUCCUCAGACCAAGACUUCUCAGUCCUUCAGGAAAUGAUAGACUCACUGAGCAAUGCCCUUGGACCCAGCUCCAUGGAGGAGCGCUGGCACACUUUGGAGAGCAUUCAGGAGGAGAGCUUAGAGGAUGAGGAUGAGGAGGUCGCAGAAGAAGAGUCUAGACCCCAGUAUGCUGCUGCAGCAGUUCAAAGAACACCCCCUCAAGUUUCUGACUUCUCAGAAAAGUUUUCCGUUCAGGAUUACCUGGAGUGUAUCGGGAAACUUCAAGAUCACACGGACGCGUUAGAAGACAUAAGGAAAGACCUCUCAAUGCAGGGAAACACAAGCAAAAGCAUGGAAGAACUGCAGAUCUAUCUGGAUGAAUGUCAGAUUUUAGAGUCUGAACUUUCUAGAGUGGGUGAUGUUCUGACAGCAGAUGUGGAGAAAGCCAAACAGCUCCUGAAUUCUGCUGAUGAGGAUCUUCCCGUCCAAAUCCACAAAGAUUUGGCCUUGGCAUAUCGGCACCUGGAGCCAAACUUCACUGCUGUCUCCCAGAUGUGUGCAGAGAAGAAGAAGUCCCUCACUCAAGCAAUGGAGGAAGGACGGACAAACUUAGAAUCAGAGUACCAAAAACAUCUGACUGACCUCGACGGCCUCAGAAACACGAUUCAAAAAGCCUCUGACUUUUGGGAUGUUGACCUAAAAACAUGUGAUGAGGACGCACUAAAACAUCUGAGCCAUCAGAACAAGGACACAGAGGACAAUCUUCUCAAAGAAGCUAGGCUUAAGCUGGAGGACGUCACAUUUGAUAUCCAGUGCUUCAUUUCUGAAAACGCUCAGUUCCUGAGUCCAGCUCAGAGCAGCUACCUCCUCAAGUUCCUCACCACCACACAGCGGGCCCUCAGGGAGCAGACGGAAAGGAUCACGGCGCAGAGGAGCGCCUUGGAUGUCGCGUUGAACACUAACGAGAAAGAAAAUCAGGAGAAGUCUUUUUCAGUGAAACACAAGGAGUUUACAGAUAAGCUGGAGGACAUGUGUGACAGUCUCACGUUGACGGAAAACCGACUGAUUGGUCACAAACAGGAGGCUAAAACCAUUGAGUGCAUCCCAGACCUGCAGCAGUACCAACAGGAGCAUCAGGCUCUUCAGAAAGAUGUGCUGAUAAAUGCCAGUGCCUUAAACGAGGUAAUCAGCAGUUCUAAAAAGUUUUUGGAGGAGAACCGCAAUAAGAUGACACCAGAUCAGAUCGCCAUUAUCGAGAGCAAGUUGGAAGAGGCUAAAAGCAAAGCCAGCCUCAUAAACCAGCAGGCGGAGGAGUCCAAGAAAGACUUGGAGAAAAUAGUUACAACAACCAUAAAACAGGAGAGCGAAAAGGCUGCAGCUGUGGAACGACUUGAAGAAAAUAAGAAUAAAAUUGAAGGUCUUCUGGACUGGAUAUCCAACAUAGGGAAUGAAAACAAGAACAAUCAGGAUCAAAAUGACCAUAUAAGUAAAGAGAAUGGAAACCUGCCGGAGGAAACAUCAGCCAAAGGACUGAUAGACGAACACGAUGAUGCCAAUGGAAAUGCAGUGCAGACCCCUGAAAAUGAUUUAGGUGGAAAGAAAGAACGCCAGAGUGAUUCAGGGCUGGAUCUUGAUGACCAGUAUGGCAAAAUAAAGGCACGCCAUCAGGAGAUUCUGUCCCAACAGCAGAAUCUGAUUAUGGCCACCCGCUCCACGCAGGCUCUGCUUGACAAACAAGCCAACGUUCUGUCCUCUGAGGAGAAGGAGGCACUGCAGAAGAACAUCGAUGACCUGCAGGAGCGCUACGAGGCCUCGCUGACUCAGGCCGAACAGCAGAUGAAGCAGGUGCAGUGCGUCCAGGAGGAGCUGAAAAAGUUCAAAGACGACUGUGAGGAGUUUGAAGACUGGCUGUGUGAGGCUGAUAAAGAGAUGGAGGAGCUUGGCGCUCCUGCAGCGUCCCUCAAUAUCCUGACUGAUAAGCUCCAGCAACAGAAAAGCUUCUCGGAGGACGUCAUUUCCCACAAAGGGGAUCUCCGCUUCAUCACUAUUUCUGGACAGAAGGUGUUAGAUGCAGCUAAAGCGUGUGGCUUGGCUGAUCCUAAGAAUCCUCAGCUGCACAUAGAUACUUCAGGGACCUGCUCUGCUGUCAAGGAAAAGCUGGAUUCAGCUGCAGAUCGAUACAAAGCACUUCAUUCUCAGUGCAAUACGCUUGGCAACAACCUCAGGGAUGUUGUGGACAAAUACAAAAAGUACGAUGACACAAGCACUGACCUUUUGAAGUGGCUCAACAACUCGGAGGAUGAGGCAAGAAAGCAGCAAUCAGAAGCCAUAGCAGCUGACCUGCAGAUGCUGCAGAAACAGCUGGAGGAGACCAAGGCUUUACAAGGUCAGAUGAUGGGGCAUCAAACUGCUGUUGAGACGCUACGCAAAACUGCAGAGUCCUUAGUAACAUGCGAAGGAAACCUGUUGAGCAAUCAAGACGAGAUCCAGGAGACAGUAGACGACAUUGUGGAACGCUAUGACAACCUGUCCAAGUGCGUGACUGAUCGGAAUGAGAAGCUGCACGUUACCCUGACACGCUCCAUGAGCGUGCAGGAUGGUCUGCAUGAGAUGAUGGGAUGGAUGGAGGGAGUUGAGGCCAGUCUGAAAGAGAAUGAGUCCAUACCCUUGGACUCUGCUGUUCUUGGAGAUAUUCUCAGUAAAAAAGUGGCUUUGGAGCAGGACAUAGCAGGUCGGCAGAGCAGUAUCUCAGCCAUGAAAGAAAAGGUGAGGAAGUUUGCAGAGACGGCCGAUCCUUCCUCAGCCGUUGCUCUGCAGUCCAAGAUGGACGCUCUCUCGCAGCGCUUCUCUGAUGCUUGCGAUAAGCACAAGAAGAAGAUCUCCCAGCUGGAACAAGUGAAAGAAAAGGUCGAGCAGUUUGAAAACACUGCAGAGAAAGUUCAGCAAGUUGUUGAGAAGCGUAUGAAAGAACUGCAUGAAACAGAUGGACCAGGAAAAACCUUUAGUGAAAUGUCUCAGCUAAUGCAGAGUAUGAAAGAAGAGAUGUCUGGAUGUGAAAGUGAUAUGGAGAAGCUGAAGCAUUUGUCCAAGGAGUUGUCCGGUUUAAACUCUGAUGGAAACAAAGCAAAGCUUCAAAGCAAGAUGGACAAUCUCUCUGGCAUUUUCAAUACUUUCAAGGAUACCGCCAAGGAAAAAGAGGAAGAGCUGUCAUCCUGUCAGGACCAGCUGGGAGAGUUCAGACGUUCAGCCACUGAGCUCAACCAGUGGCUAGAAGAGACCAAUAAAAGAGUGCCUGCAGCUUUGCCAAGCAGCAGUGAGAAAAACCUGGAAAAAGACCUGCACACAGUCAACGGGCUGUUGGAGGAGUGGACAUCCAAAGGCCCUGCUGUUCAGGACCUGAACUCUAAAGGAUCCGCUCUGUGCAGCCUCAUCACUUUUAUCACAUCCCCCGCUAAAGCUAAGAUCCUCAACAAGUCAGCUCUUACUAACGGUGGUGAUCCAACGAGUCAUAUCUACCUAACCAAUAAAGAACUGAUGGGAAUCCAGCAGAACAUGACGUUUGUCAGUGAAGGAUACGCAGAGCUCGGGGAAACUCUGAAGAGCCGAGCUGAGCAGAUGAGUAAUUUGCUGCAGGAGGUCAAAGAGGCCCAAAAGGAGACGGAGGACAUGAUGACAUGGCUGAAGGACAUGAAAAACACGGCAGCGUCCUGGAACGAUGCAGCAAUGGAGAAAAAAUCUGUGAAAACACAGCUUGAGCAGCAGAAGGCGUUUGAGGAUGGCAUGAAGCAGAAGCAGGAGCAGCUCCAGAAGCUCAGAGAAAAGCUUCUGGGCUUGAUUACCACCCAUCCAAACUCCCCUGAGGCAGCAAAAUGGAAGCAGAUGCUGGCAGAAAUAGAUGCUGCCUGGGAAGAGGUCAACGGCUCUGUGGAGGAGAGGAAGCUGCACCUGGAACAGUCCAACAAGAACCUGGACAUCUUUCAAACAACAGAGAAACAACUUUGUCAGUGGCUUUCAGAGAAGGAGCUGAUGAUGAGUGUGCUUGGACCUCUGUCAGUCGACCCAAACAUGCUUAAAAUGCAGAAGCAACAAGUUCAGAUCCUGCAGAAUGAAUUCAAGAGCCGCAAACCUCAAUAUGAGCAACUUGAGGAAGCGGCUUCAGCCAUCUUGAGCUCUUCAGCCAACCAGGAGCCUUCAAGUGGAAAGCUGGUGAAGGAGCAGCUCGCCGCGGUCACCCAGAAGUGGCAAGGCCUCACGGGCCAGCUGGACCAGCGAGAUAGCCUCAUUGAUCAGGCGGUAGUGAAGACUGGGCAGUUUCAAGAGCUGCUGAAGAGCUUAAGUCACACUGCCAAUCAGCUGGAGAAUCAGCUUACCAACCAUCACACUAGUAGCACUCAGCCAGAUGCUGUGAGGAAACAGCUGGAGGAUGCUCAAAACAUCUCUGCGCAGCUGAAAGAGGAGAUGAAGAAGCUGAAGCAGGCUGAAGCCAUCAAUGCAGAGCUCUCAGCGAUGGUGACUGAGGAUUAUCUGAAGGCAGACCUGGCCAGGCAGCUGGAAAGUGUCAGCAAGCCCAUAAAACAGCUAGAAGACAAAACAGCCAAGCGGAUCAAGCAGCUGAACUUGACCUUCGCCAGCUCUCAGCAGUUCCAUCAGACCUCCAAAGACUUUGAGUCAUGGUUGGGCGAGAAGCUUCGUCAUCAGUCUGAGCCUCAGCCCAUCUCUGCCAAAGUGGAUGUACUCCAACAAACCAUAGAGGAGCACAGUAAGCUGCAGAGGGCUCUGAAGGAACAGGAAGAGGCUUACAACACAAUCAUUGGUGAAGGAGAGAGGCUUCUACACAACACUGAUGGUGCAGAGAAGUUGGCACUACAGGGGCAGCUCACUGCACUCUCCUCCAGCUGGGAUGAAGUGAAGAAGAGCUCUGCCGAGCAUGGGGACAAGCUCAAAACUGCUCUGCUGCGAUCUCAGAAGUAUCAGGAGCAUGCAGAGAAACUUAGCUCUUGGAUUCAAGACUGUGAAGCGAGUGCGGAUCAAAUCAAGCUCAUCCUUGAUCCCGUUCAAACGGAAAACUCAAUUUCCCAGGUGAAAGCGCUUCAGAGGGACGUUGACAAGCGUCGGGGGCUGGUGGAGCAACUUAACGCAGACGUGGAGAGCCUAACUGAAGUGGCCAACACAGACACUGAAGCAGCAAAAGAGGAGAAGGAAAACAUCAACAGAAGAGUGGAGAAAUUAGGCGAGGGUCUACAAACUAAAAGGGAAUCUCUGGAGAAGAUUUCUCUCACUGUUAAAGAGUUUAAUGAAACCUUCAAAGAGGCAAAGGGACAGAUUGAGGGAGCGAAGAAACAGAUGGAUUCCUAUGAAUCCAUGGGGGUUCAGGCGCACAGUAACAAAAACCUGACCAACAUGAAGGCCCAGCAGAAGAGCUUAGAGGGAGUCCAGAACCAAGUGGAGCACAUGAAGGCUUUGGCAAGGGACCUUGUAGUAGAUGUCCCAGAUGCUGAGGGAGUGACUGACCUCUUACUGCAGUCAGACAGCGUAGAAAAAGAAUAUACAAGUCUCAACAAAAAGCUUGAAGAAACAUGCCAAGAUUUGGAAAGUAAACUCCAAGGUAUUGGACAGUUUCAGAACAGCAUCCGUGAGAUGUUCACCGGCUUUACAGAGCUGGACGAUGAACUCGACAACAUGCCUCCAGUUGAUUUGGACUUAACUACACUCAAACAACAGCAAGACAAUGUUCAAAGCUUCGUGGCAAAGCUACAAGAGUUGAUGGCAAACACAGCGAAUGCUCAAGACAGCUGUAGGAAGAUGUUGGAGUCUGAAUCGUCUCCUGACCUGCUGGGCCUGAAACGAGAUCUAGAUGCUCUGAAUAAGCAGUGUGGUAAACUCUUGGACCGCGCCCAGGGCAGACAAGCCCAAGUGAAGAGCACUCUCACCAAGCUGGAGGAGCUGUAUGACAAGCUUCAUCGCGUGGAAGAUAAACUGUGCACAGCUGUGGACAAGGAAGCGUCACAGGAGGCAGUCGGCAUGGAGACGGAAGUAAUCAACCAACAGCUGGAGGCCUUUAAGGCUCUCCAGAAAGAUAACAUUGAACCCCUGCAGACGCAAAUUCAAGACAUCAACUCACUCGGACAGAGCCUGAUCCAGAACGCUGCUAAAGGCACCAGCACCAAGAAGCUUGAGGACGACCUUCAAGACACCAACCUAAAAUGGAAUACCCUCAAUAAAAAGAUUGCUGAACGAUCUGCUCAGCUGCAUGAAGCCCUGUUGCAUUGUGGGAGGUUUCAGGAUGCUCUAGAGUCCCUGCUCAGCUGGCUGACGGACACUGAGGAGCUUGUAGCCAACCAGAAACCUCCAUCCGCAGAGUUCAAAGUGGUGAAGGCACAGAUACAAGAGCAGAAGCUCUUGCAGAGACUGCUGGAUGACCGAAAGCCGACCGUGGAACUCAUAAAAAAGGAGGGCGGAAAGGUUGCAGAACUGGGAGAGUCUGUGGAUAAGGAGAAGGUUGCAAAAGAGAUUGAAGGCCUAGGGCAGAGGUGGGACACUCUGCUGAAGAAAGCUGAAAGCAGGCACAGACAGCUGGAAAGCAUCUUAGUGGUCACUCAGCAGUUCCACGAGACUCUGGAGCCUUUGAGUGAAUGGCUGGCAGCGACAGAGAAACACCUCGCCAACUCUGAGCCAAUUGGCACUGAGACUUCUAAGCUAGAGGAUCAGAUUUCUCAGCAUAAGGCUUUAGAGGAGGAGAUUAUGAAUCACAGUAAAGACUUGUUUCAGGCUGUCAGUCUGGGUCAAAUGCUCAAAACUGUGAGCUCUGUGGACGAUAAAGAGUUUGUUCAAUUCAAACUGGAAACCAUUCAGGCCGGUUAUAUAGAGCUCCAGGAGCGAUGCAGGAGGAAAGCUGACAUGCUGCACCAGGCUCUGGCAAACGCCCAGCUGUUUGGAGAGGAUGAGGUGGCCCUCAUGAACUGGCUCAACCAGGUGCACUCCAGGCUGAGCGAAGUGUCCGUGGAGGACUACAGAACAGACACGCUUGAAAAGCAACUAGCAGAACAACGGACCCUUCAAAGCGAGAUUGAACUCCAGAAGAAGAAUGUUGAUCAAGCCAUCUUUAAUGGAGUGGAGCUGCUGAAGCAAACAACAGGUGAUGAAGUUUUGACCAUCCAAGGAAAACUGGAUGGAAUAAAAUCCAAGUAUGCUGAGAUAAACUCAAUGAGCGAUGGCGUCCUGAAGACACUAGAGCGCGUUUUGAGUCUCUCCUCCAAGCUGCAGCACACUCAUGAGGACCUGAGCACCUGGCUGGACAAAGCUGAGGCUGAGAUCAGCCUUUUUGCUGAACAGGAGCCUGUUGGCGAGCAGCUUGUUCACUCUCAAAACAGGCAGAAGGCCUUGCUUAAAGAAACCAAGGACCAAAAAUCAGUGGUGGACAAGCUGAAUGAGUUGAGCGGUUCUCUCCUGGACCUGAUCCCAUGGCACACCCGAGAGGGUUUAGACAAGCUGUUGAAUGAGGAUAACGAGCGCUACAGAGCCGUGUGUGACACCAUCACCUGCCAGGUCGACCAGAUCAAUGCUGGCAUCCUUAAAUCACAGCAGUUUGGGGAAGCAGCAGAUGCUGAGCUCUCCUGGUUGACUGAGGCUGAGAGGAAGCUGCUGUCAAUGGGGGAAAUCAGGCUGGAGCAGGACCAGACAACAGCGCAGCUCCAAGCACAAAAGGUUUUCUCAAUGGACAUCAUGAGGCACAAAGAUGCCGUGGAUGAAAUAGUGAAAACAGGGAAGAUGAUCAUGAGCAGCAAAAACCCUGAGGAAAAAGCAGCUUUGAAGGCCAAGACUGAGGCCAUCUUGGAGAAAUAUGGUGUCAUCAGUCAGCUGAAUUCCGAGCGCUGCUUGCAGCUGGAGCGUGCUCAGUCUCUGGCCACACAGUUUUGGGAGACGUAUGAGGAACUAUGGCCGUGGCUUCAGGAAACCAUAAGGUCCUUUGGCCAGCUUCCUGCACCUGCCAUCGAGUUUGACACACUCAGACAACAGCAAGAAGAGCUCAGACAAAUGAGAGAGCUGAUCGCCGAGCACAAGCCACAUAUCGACAAGAUGAAUAAAACGGGGCCUCAGCUUCUUGAACUUAGCCCAGUGGAGGGAGAACCCAUCAGAGAGAAAUACACAGCUUCUGACAAACUAUACACCAAACUCAAAGCUGACGUCACACAGAGAGCUGCAACUUUAGAUGAAGCCAUCUCCAAAUCCACACAGUUCCAUGAUAAAAUCGACUCCAUGAUAGAAUCCCUGGAGCGUAUCGCGGAACGGCUCCGUAAACCUCCCUCCAUCUCAGUAGAAGUGGAGAAGAUUAAGGAGCAAAUGACUGAAAACAAGGCUGUCUCUAUGGACCUGGAGAAGCUGCAGCCCUCCUAUGAGACCCUGAAGCAGCGGGGUGAAGAGAUGAUCGCACGAUCCGAAGGACCAGACAAGGACUUAUCAGCUAAAGCCGUACAAGACAAACUGGAUCAAAUGGUCUUCCUGUGGAGUGAUAUUCAAGCUCUGCUUGAGGAGCGAGAGGGGAAGCUCCUGGAUGUGAUGGACCUGGCCGAAAAGUUCUGGUGUGACCACGGCGCUCUCAUCAUCACCAUCAAAGACAGCCAGGACCUGCUGAAGGAGCUGGAGGAACCCGGGGUGGACCCUUCUGUCGUCAAGCAGCAACAGGAAUUUGUGGAGGGAUUUAAGGAAGAGCUCGAUGGGCUGCAAGAAGAGCUUGAUGUGGUUCAAAAUCAGGGGGCGGAGCUUUUGAUGGCCUGCGGGGAGCCUGAUAAACCAGUCAUAAAGAAAAGUCUGGACGAGGUCAAUUCAGCAUGGGAAAAUCUGAGUAAGACUUGGAAGGAGAGAGUAGACCGACUGGAAGAGGCCAUGCAGGCUGCUGUGCUGUUUCAAGAUGGCUUGCAGGGGAUGUUCGACUGGGUGGAUAUUUUGGAGAGCAAACUGGAUUUAAUGUCCCCUGUAGGCACAGAUCUGGAGACGGUCAAGCAGCAAAUCGCAGAGCUCAAGGAGUUCAAAGGGGAAGCAUACCAGCUGCAGAUAGAGAUGGAGCGGCUGAACCACCAAGCGGGCCUGCUGCUGAAGAAGGUGACCGAAGAGGCUGAUCGCUGCACCAUUCAAGACCCGAUGGCCGAACUCAAGAUGCUGUGGAACAAUCUGGAUGAAAAGAUCAUCAGUCGGCAGCACAAACUGGAGGGAGGCCUCCUGGCUCUGGGACAGUUCCAGCAUGCACUGGACGAGCUGCUGGCCUGGAUGAGCCACACCGAGGAGAUGCUCAGCGAACAGAAAAAGUCUGCAGGAGACCCCAAAACCAUCGAGAUCGAGCUUGCCAAGCACAACAUACUUCAAGUUGACGUUCUGGCUCAUAAGGCGACAGUGGAGACGGUGAACAAGGCAGGAAACGAACUGGUGGAGUCCAGCGCCGGAGAAGAAGCCUCCAGCUUGAAGAGCAAACUGGAGAACCUGAACCAGAGAUGGAAAGCCAUCUUGAAGAAGACAGAGCAGAGGAAGCAGCAAUUGGAGUCUUCCCUCCUUCAGGCCCAGGGUUUCCAUGGUGAGAUAGAAGAUAUGCAGCAAUGGUUGAAAGACACAGAACGUCAGCUGUUGGCAUCAAAGGCUGUGGGAGGCUUACCAGACACGGCCCGGGAGCAGCUUAACGCCCAUCUGGAGUUGUGUUCUGCCCUCGAGUCCAAGGAGGAACUGUAUCAGGAGCUGCUCAACAAGGGCAUCCAACAGCUUGCUCUGACACCUGAGGGCUCAGACAGCACCACAGAGCAUGACCUCACAAACCUGAAGGAGAAAUGGGAAGCAGUGCAGGCCAAAGUCACUGAAAAGAAGACCAAACUAGAAGAAGCGCUGAAGUUGGCCACAGAUUUCCAUAACUCACUCCAGGACUUCAUGGCCUGGCUCACUCAGGCAGAGCAGACCCUGAACAUGGUUUCCCCUGCUUCCCUCAUACUGGAGACCAUCUUGUUUCAGAUUGAUGAGCAUAAGAUGUUUGUGACAGAGGUGAACUCCCACAGAGAGCACAUUAUUGAGCUGGACAAAGCAGGGACACAUCUGAAGUACUUCAGCCAGAAGCAGGAUGUGGUUCUGAUCAAGAACCUGCUGCUCAGCGUUCAGGGCCGCUGGGAGAAGCUGGUGCAAAAGUCUGUGGAGCGAGGCCGUCUGCUGGAUGACGCCAGAAAGAGGGCAAAGCAGUUUCAUGAAACCUUUAACAAACUGAUGGAGUGGUUGGAUGAAUCUGAGAAAACUCUGGACUCUGAAGUGGAAAUUGCCAACGAUCCAGACAAAAUCAAGACUCAACUGGCUCAGCACAAGGAAUUCCAGAAAUCUCUGGGCAGCAAGCACUCUGUGUACGACACCACCUCUCGAACAGGCCGAGCCCUGAAAGACAAGACCUCACUGCAAGAUGACCAUCAGAAGCUGGACGAUAUGCUGUGUGAGCUGAGGGACAAAUGGGACACUGUUUGUGGGAAGUCAGUUGAAAGACAAAACAAGCUGGAGGAGGCGCUCCUCUUCUCGGGUCAGUUUACAGACGCUCUCCAGGCUCUCAUCGACUGGCUCUACAAAGUGGAGCCCCAGCUUGCUGAGGACCAGCCCGUCCAUGGAGACAUAGACCUGGUUCUCAAUCUGAUAGACAACCACAAGGUUUUCCAAAAGGAGAUGGGGAAGCGGACGGUUAGCGUGCAGGCUCUCAAACGCUCAGCGAGGGAGCUGAUAGAAAACACUCACGAUGACUCCUCCUGGGUGAAAGUCCAAAUGCAGGAGCUGAGCACUCGCUGGGAGACGGUGUGCAACCUCUCUGUGUCCAAACAGGCCCGACUGGAGCAGGCUCUGUGCCAGGCAGAGGAGUUCCACUCCACAGUUCAUAUCCUGCUGGAGUGGUUGGCUGAAGCAGAACAGAGUUUGCGUUUCCAUGGCAGUCUGCCUGAUGAAGAGGAAACACUGCAGGGGCUUAUUGAACAACAUAAGGAGUUCAUGAAAAAGUUGGAGGAAAAGCGAGUAUCUCUGAAUAAAGCGACUAGCAUGGGGGAGGCCAUUAUUAGCAUCUGCCAUCCGGACUCCAUCACAACCAUCAAGCACUGGAACACCAUUAUUAAAGCCCGCUUUGAGGAGGUGCAGGCAUGGGCCAGGCAGCACCAGCAGCGUCUGAAUGUGGCCCUCAAAGAGCUGUUAGCCACUCAAGAGCUACUGGAGACUCUUCUCAAAUGGCUGCAGUGGGCCGAAGCCAACAUCAGCAAUAAAGACACGGAGCCACUUCCUCAGGAAAUUGAAGAGAUUAAAACUCUUAUAGCAGAGCAUCAGGUCUUCAUGGAAGAAAUGACCAGGAAGCAACCAGAUGUUGAUAAAAUCACCAAAACACACAAAAGGAAGGCAGCUGUAGAGCCACCGAUCCAGUCUCAGAUUCCUGUGCUGGACAAAGGAAGAACUGGAAGAAAACGCUCUCCCACUCAAACAAUGUAUGCUUCAACAACACAACCCCCCAUAGAAACCAAGAACCCACGGGUCAACCUGCUGGUCACCAAAUGGCAGCAUGUGUGGCUUUUGGCUUUGGACAGACGAAGGAAAUUGAAUGAUGCUCUGGACAGACUGGAGGAGUUGAAGGAAUUUGCCAACUUUGACUUUGAUGUGUGGCGAAAGCGUUACAUGCGAUGGAUGAACCAUAAAAAGUCUCGGGUCAUGGACUUCUUCCGCCGCAUCGACAAAGAUCAAGAUGGCAAAGUGACUCGGCAGGAGUUCAUAGAGGGUAUCUUGUCAUCAAAAUUUCCCACCAGUCGUCUGGAGAUGAGUGCCGUGGCUGACAUUUUUGACAGAGACGGUGACGGAUACAUCGACUACUACGAGUUUGUAGCCGCUCUGCAUCCCAACAAAGACGCCUACAAACCACUAACAGAUGCUGACAAGAUUGAAGAUGAGGUUACACGCCAAGUGGCAAAGUGCAAAUGUCCGAAACGAUUCCAGGUAGAGCAAAUUGGAGCAAACAAAUACAGGUUCUACCUUGGAAACCAGUUUGGUCUGGUUCACUGCUUACAUGACUCCUUAAUCGGCGAUGAGACAGUAGCAAACAGGGAAAAUCAAAAUCUUACCCCCCACCUGCACGUUGCAGUUUUGGAAAGCUGUAUUCUGUUCGGAGACUCCCAGCAGUUGCGCCUCGUGCGAAUUUUGCGCAGCACAGUGAUGGUGCGAGUGGGAGGAGGCUGGAUGGCUCUGGAUGAGUUCUUGGUGAAGAACGACCCCUGUCGUGUUCAUCACCACGGGAGCAAAAUGUUGCGCUCGGAAUCAAACUCUUCAAUUACUCAGUCUCCUAUAGGUUGGCAAAUAUCACACUUUCUCUCCUUGCUCCAUGAACCCACCAGUGCAAAAGGCAGGACCAAUAUGGAGCUGCGAGAGAAAUUCAUCCUCCCAGAAGGAACCACACAGGUGAUGGCGAGCUUCCGCUACCGAGGCCGCAGAUCUCGGCCGUCGUCCAGAGGAGCAUCUCCCAACAGGUCCACCUCCAGUCAGAGCUGCCUCAUCCCAGUGAACCAAGCAGCAAUCAACACAGCCAAGACUCCCCAACAUAUAACCCGCAAUUAUGAUAAGCCAUGGCUUACAAACAGCAAACCCUCCACUCCUCUUAAAUCAUCUGAGUCCUUUGAAAGCCAAGGUUCAUCCUCUGAGGGCACAGCAGUACAAGGCAGCAAACUGCGUCUUCCUGGUUAUCUGUCUGGCAAAGGUUUUCAGUCGGGUGAGGAGGGAACGUUGAUCAACGCUGCUGUGCUGAAAGCUCGAACACAAAUGGCUGGAGAGCCCAAGAAAAAUUCAAGCCGACCAGGAAGUAAAGCCGGAAGCAGAGGGAGCAGUCGCAGAGGAAGUGACGCCUCAGAUUUUGACAUCUCAGAUAUCCAGUCCGUGUGCUCCGAUGCAUCCGAGACCGUCGGUGAGUCCGCUCGAGGGACGCCACGAUCCUCCGCUCGCCAGCAAGCAGGCAAACCCUCCAAAAUCCCCACUCCACAAAGAAGAUCCACUCCCACGAGCAAACUGGCCAAGGUAUCCAAGCGGUAGUCAGCGGCCUUAAGA